CAGAGAAGAGCUGACUCGCUAGAAGGAUAACGAGUUGUUUGUUGUUCUGCCUCUGAAGCUCCCCUCCCGGCUCUCGCCAUGGGCACCCUCACUGACAUUCAUCCUUUCACAAGCUGCUAUAAUUUUAUUACCACACAUUCUCGUCAGAAUUCCUGUAGAGGUAGAGGUAGAGCGCCAACCUUACUCAAUCCCCGGCCAAGGCCAAGCAUUUCUUUGUUUCCUCUCACGCACAAACCUUCCAAACACCAUGUGGCGGAUUACAGUGUCUCGAGAAUACGGUGCUCCAUCGCCAAGGAAUCCACCGUUUCACCGUCGAAUGUCGAUGAAGACAAUUCGAACGGUUAUUCCGUCGACUGUGUCAUCGUUGGUGCUGGAAUUAGCGGUCUCUGCAUCGCGCAAGCUCUUGAGACGAAACACGGAGAAAUUGCAGGGAAGGUUCUGGUGACAGAAGCGAGAGAUCGCGUUGGAGGAAACAUCACGACGAUGGAGAGGGAUGGAUAUCUCUGGGAAGAAGGUCCCAACAGUUUCCAGCCGUCCGAUCCUAUUCUAACCAUGGUGGUGGAUAGUGGUUUGAAGAAUGAUCUUGUUCUAGGGGACCCGAAUGCACCACGUUUUGUAUUGUGGGAUGGAAAGUUGAGGCCUGUGCCUUCAAAGCUUACUGAUCUACCUCUCUUUGAUUUGAUGAGCUUUCCUGGGAAACUGAGGGCUGGAAUUGGUGCAAUUGGCAUUCGGCCUCCACCACCAGGUCAUGAGGAAUCAGUUGAAGAGUUUGUUCGUCGUAAUCUUGGUGAUGAGGUUUUUGAACGAUUGAUAGAACCAUUUUGUUCAGGUGUUUAUGCUGGUGAUCCUGCAAAGCUGAGUAUGAAAGCGGCAUUUGGAAAAGUUUGGAAACUUGAACAGAAUGGAGGUAGUAUCAUUGGUGGGACCUUCAAAGCAAUUCAAGAAAAAAACCCCAAACCUCCUCGAGACCCGCGUUUGCCAAAACCAAAGGGCCAAACCGUUGGAUCUUUUAGAAAAGGACUUGCUAUGCUGCCAAAUGCAAUUUCUACUAGGUUGGGUGGCAAAGUCAAAUUAUCUUGGAAGCUUUCAAGCAUUAAAAAGUUAGAUGGUGGGAGUUAUACCUUGACAUAUGAAACACCAGAAGGAAUUGUUUCUGUUCUGACAAAAAGUGUGGUGUUGACUGUUCCAUCCUAUGUUGCAAGUAGCUUGUUGCGUCCUCUUUCGAGUGCUGCUGCAGAUGCCCUCUCAAAGUUUUAUUACCCUCCAGUGGCCGCAGUUUCUAUAUCAUAUUCAAAAGAAGCAAUCCGGAGAGAAUGCUUAAUAGAUGGUGAGCUUAAGGGGUUUGGACAAUUGCAUCCCCGUAGUCAAGGAGUGGAGACUUUAGGGACGAUAUACAGUUCAUCACUUUUUCCUAACCGAGCACCACCUGGAAGAGUUUUGCUCUUGAACUACAUUGGAGGGGCUACCAAUCCUGGAAUCUUGACCAAGACUAAGAGCGACCUUGUAGAGGCAGUCAACCGGGACCUGAGGAAGAUGCUUAUAAAUCCAAACGCAGAGGACCCCUUUGUUCUUGGCGUUAGAGUAUGGCCACAGGCCAUUCCCCAAUUCUUGACUGGUCAUCUGGAUCUUCUUGAAGCUUCCAAAGUUGCUCUUGAGAGUGGUGGAUUUCAGGGGCUGUUUCUUGGUGGCAACUAUGUGUCUGGUGUUGCACUGGGCCGAUGCGUAGAGGGUGCUUAUGAAAGUGCAGAGGAAGUGUCUACUUUCUUGUCCAAGUAUUUGUGUAAGUGAAAUCAUGUUGGAUAGAGGCGCGUCUUUAAUUUUUUUUUUUGUUUUUGGCAAUUGGGUAUAAAAGGAUAUGGUCGGGUGAAAUAAGAGGACAGGAGAAGUUUUGGGCAGUAUCAAUUUUGUGAGACGGAUUAUGUUGUUUGUCUUAUAUUGGUUUAAGCCAACGACCAUAAUUACCUGUCUAGAAUUCACCUUGAAUGUAAUCAUCUCAGUUUUGAUUUGGUAGAACUUGAAUCCA